AUGCUCACCUCAAGCAUGUUCGCCCUCUGGAUCGUGCUCGCGGCGUCCAUCGUCGCUGCCUUCAACAUCAUUUCACCCGCUGCAGGCACAGCGCUGAAUCUCUCCGCCUCGGCCAUCGAAAUCCAGUGGACCUACGGACGCGACAAGGAUGCCUCCCAGGUCGACCUCUCGUUCGUAGGCGAUUCCUUCGAGGGCAACCACUUCUGCUACGCCAUCGCCCAGAACAUCUCCAUUGAAGACUGCCAAUACACUUGGGUUCCGACCAACAAGCGUGAUGCAUUGGCUUCCACCACAGUCAUCUUGACRACCAGCGACGACUAUGGUUUCAUUGCUAGACUGCACGAUGCCAACUCGAGCAUAAGUUUGACGUCCCGCGAGUCGGAUUCUCAGUUCAGUGUCACCGGCUACCCGUAUGUCGGAGCUGCGGCCACCCUGCAGCCGGACUGCGGCGCCGCGCUCUUGACGUUGGCUUCAAUUUCGAUCGUGCUUCUUCUGCACUGA